CAUUCUAUCAAUUAAGAGGAAAUCCGAGGAAACCCAAACCACCAAGUAACAAACACCCGUUUAGAGAGUUUUCCACCCCUAAAAAGACGAGAAUGGAUACCAACAUCACGUUUUUUAGGCUUUCCCUCAAAACCUGUUUUCUGCUACUUUUGGGCUGUUUGUUAACGAAAGCCGUGCAAGACCAGGGGAGUUUAUACAUGUGGAUUGAUGCCAACCAAGCCCGGAUCCUAAUUGGUUUUGAGGAAGAUAUUCUGAUAGUAUCGGAGGGGAAAAUGGCUCCAUUCACCCACGACUUCAGAAAGGCGCAACAGCGGAUGCCUGCGAUCCCAGUCAACAUCCACUACGUGAACUUCACCUGGCAGGCGACGGAUCAGGCGGACUACUUCUAUGAGUUCCAGAGCCUGCGCUCCAUGGACCGGGACAUCAUGGACAACCCCACCGUCAACCUGCCUCUGCUGGGGACCGUGCCCCACAAGCCCUCAGUGGUCCAGGUGGGCUUCCCGUGUCUCGGGGAUCAGGAUGGCGUGGCGGCCUUCGAGGUCACCAUCCUGGUGAUGGACGCCGGCGGGAACGUCAUCCUCCGGACGCCCCACAACGCCAUCUUCUUCAAGACCUGCCAGAGGGCCAAGUGUCCUGGGGGCUGCCGGAACGGGGGCUACUGCAACGAGAGACAGGUGUGCGAGUGCCAGGACGGCUUUUACGGCCCCCACUGCGAGAAGGCUCUUUGCUCGCCGCGGUGCUCCAACGGCGGGCUGUGCAUGAGCCCGGGGGUGUGUAUCUGUCCACCUGGUUACCAUGGCAACAGCUGCGAGAAAGCCAACUGCAGCGCCACCUGUCUGCACGGAGGAACCUGCUUCCACCCCGGGAAGUGCAUCUGCGCCGCGGGCUACGAGGGCGGCCGCUGUGAGCUCAGUAAAUGUCGCCAGCCCUGCAAGAACGGCGGGAGGUGUACGGGCGUGAACAAGUGCAAGUGCAGCAAGGGAUUCCACGGAGACAUCUGCUCCAAAGCUGUCUGCGAGCCCAGCUGUGGGGCCCACGGGAUUUGCGUGGAACCCAACAAGUGCCAGUGUCGGGACGGCUGGCACGGACGCUACUGCAACAAGAGGUACCGGGCCAGCGUUGCCAUUGGCCACCGUCCGGCGGCGGCCAAGUUCAAGCAGCCGUCGGCCGCCAGCAAGGGCACCAAGGACACGAUGGAAGGCGCCCGCGACGCCGACACUAACUACGUGGUCUGA